CCACGUGACGCCACCGGCGGCCCGCCUUAUAAGCGGCACCCGCGCGGGGCCGCGGCCGCUCCUGGGCCGUCCGGGCGCGCUACCCGUGGUGUCGUGGCGUGCUCCUCCCACUGUGCGCCUGGCCGCCGAUGCCCAGGCUGCACGACCACGUCUGGAGCUGCCCAAGCGCUGGCGCUGCGAGGCCGUACAGCCUCCCGCGAGGCAUGAUUGCGGCAGCCCGCUGUCCGCAGGGCCCCGGAGCCCCAGAGCCGGCGCCCCGGGGCCAGCGAGCGGGAACGGCAGGAUGCGGCGCGCGGCCCGGCAGCUGGCACCACGACCUGGUGCAGCGGAGCCUCGUGCUCUUCUCGUUCGGUGUGGUCCUGGCCCUGGUGCUCAACCUGCUGCAAAUCCAGCGGAAUGUCACGCUCUUCCCCGACGAGGUGAUCGCCACCAUCUUCUCCUCCGCCUGGUGGGUGCCCCCAUGCUGUGGCACGGCAGCCGCUGUUGUCGGCCUCCUGUACCCCUGUAUUGACAGUCACCUGGGAGAACCACACAAGUUCAAGAGAGAGUGGGCCAGCGUCAUGCGCUGUAUCGCCGUGUUUGUUGGCAUCAACCAUGCCAGUGCCAAAUUGGAUUUUGCCAAUAAUGUCCAGCUGUCCUUGACUUUAGCAGCCCUGUCUUUGGGCCUGUGGUGGACGUUCGAUCGCUCCCGAAGCGGCCUUGGGCUUGGGAUCACCAUUGCCUUUCUAGCUACGCUGAUCACUCAGUUUCUUGUGUAUAACGGUGUCUACCAGUACACAUCCCCAGACUUCCUCUAUAUCCGCUCCUGGCUCCCGUGUAUAUUUUUCUCAGGAGGCGUUACAGUGGGAAACAUAGGGCGACAGUUAGCUAUGGGCGUUCCAGAAAAGCCUCACAGUGACUGAACUUCAGGGCAUGGUUCAGAGCGGAAGCAGGAUGCAGAGACACUGGUCCUGGGUGUGAUGAAGACUCUUUUUCCUCAAUGUCCCAUUUAGACUGGGCUGACGAUGAUAAAUGACUCCUGAAGAAGUGUUCACAUGGUCUAGACUAGCAAACAGAGGCAAGGACUACUGACCUAAAAGUCUUGCUCACCCACCCUCACACCUGUCUGCACUGGAACAUUCCAUCCCAGGCUGUAUGUGAGAGUGGGGCAGGGGGCCAGUUUCCUGAGUAUUAGAUUUCAUUCAUCAUUCAAAGCAAGUUGCCAUAUUUCAAAGCCUUGAAUCAAUGAAUUACCAACCUGCAGUUUUGUGUCAGUGCCCAAAGGGGAGAGGUUGAUGGUGCUUAACAGACAUGAAGUAUGUGUAAUAAGAAUAUUUAUCCAGAAUUAAAAUAGAGGGUUGUGUAAGGGGUGGGAGAGAAGAGCAGCAGUGAGGUGGAGGAAGGUCAUGCUCCCAGUAGGUCCCAGUGCAGCCACAUCUCCAGGGCGUGCUCAGGCAGGUGCUCACAUGUGGGCCUCACCAGUGUGGGAACCAUGCUUUUCCCUGCCAGGGGUUUGUAGACAAUCUUACUGAGAGCCAAGGGCAGCGCAAAGUCAUGAUUCUGCACCGUGAUGCUGGACUUCUCACCUCAAUUUAAAUGAAGUUUUGUCCACGAGCUGGACUAUCUAAGAGUGGGUCGCUGUCUGUGCUGUUUCAGUCAUAAUGAGCCGAAAUUGUUUCUGUCACUCCAGAGUGGAGAGGACUUUUCCACAGCCCUAUGGAGCUUGCAAUCUGUGAUUGCCUUGUAAAAGGUUGAGUGCGCACGUCACUGCGUUAAACACACGGUGUCCUGUAUGCAUUGAAUGGCAUAGACCACGUGGGACCUAAUUUGCAAGUAUUGGGUCUUCGACUUCAAGUGCAAUGUGUAUGAAAACCAAUCUGAGCCUUGUAUUCUCUUAAAUAUUUAUUUUAUUUUAUUUUUUUUUAACCGCGUGAGCUGUUCCAGAGAAGGGUUCUCGGGUCAUUUCAGAGCUGCGUGGAGGCGAGCUCAGCAAUACUUCUGUCAGCUGUGACGCUCCCUCAGUCACACCCUCCACUGCACCCUAGUCCUCUGACAUACUCCAGUUCUGUGAGUUUAGUAAUUUGUACUUAACAAAUUUACUUUUUUUUUUUUUUUUGUAUUCUGCAAUGUAAGUGUUUUUGGUUUGUUUUAAAUUCUAUAGAACUGACUCGAUGAAGCAGAAGUUGGGCCCUAGGCAGGACAGGAGCUUGGUGCCUGUGUGGACAUCUGGGUUUGGGUUCACUCACGUGGUGAUGCUCAUUGGGGUUUUGCUUAUUUUGUUUUGAGGAAAAUGUCUGGAGUAAACUGGUUUUCUGAAACUACUUUGGUUAGGAGAAAAUGGGUUGUUCUGGACUUUGGAGCAACCCUUAAAAUUUCCUGGGAAUAAAAACGAAUGGUUGGUCCUUCGAAGGCAUUCUUCAGCUAAGACUUAAGUGUCUUACGAAAACCACAAGUGACUAGAAGAAGAGCAAGUGAACUUGGCGAUGUACUUGAUCAUAUAUGAUGAGUAUUUUUUUCUCUUAAACUGGAAAUAAAUCUAGUAGAAAUAAUGUAGCCAAAAAAUGUGAAUCCGAAGGAUAUUUUUGCCAAUAGCUUAUAGCAGGUACAUUGAACCAAAGUGAUCGAAUUUGUAAAAAUGGUAAUUAGUACCAACCACAUUCAUUGUCCCCGAUCUGAACACCCAGCGAGGUUCACGUCCAUGCUAACUUUGCAGCAUUGUGUUCUUUUUGCAUUCUUUUUUUACUUUUAUUAAAGGUUCAAAACCA